AUGCACCAUACUAAGUUGCAUCUAGAUUCGACCGGAGUCGAAUCUGCGACCGUAACACAGGCGCUAGCUGUAAGUCACGAAGUCAGUGCGUAUGACGUCCUUCCCCCGCAGUCACUGUCGCCGCACUCGCAUUCCGUCGACGCGACUGCGAACACGGCCGCUUCCAUACACAUUACGGAUACCGCUAACGAGUGCGCAGGAGGUUUCGCGCGCGCAGCUGAUGUUACACUGCACUCCCCGCCCCCUUUAGAUUCCCAACAUAAUGUCGCACUGACUGUAUCUGCGCGCGAUGACUCAAAUUCGAUCGUAAUGAUGACUCAAAUUCGAUCG